GGACGGUUUAUUGCGCUGCACGCACUCUUGCGGUGGUUGGAGGUGGAGAAUAAGUUGGCAUUUGGACAGUCGCGCCUGGGUUUUUAAACCCCUCAGCAUUUUACCUUCCCCGCUGUGUGUCGGGGCCGCAGGAUGUCUCCCAGUAACGGCAGCGCCAUUUUCAACAGCUACCGGGCGCUCGCGCUCAACUGUAACCACGUCCCGCACGUGGUUCGCUUCCACCAGCGGCACCGCGCGUUUUACCUGGUGACGGCCGUGGGGGCGAGUUUCCACAUCUACAACGUGAAAAAACUUGGAAUAGUUGCAGUUAGUAAUCCACUUCCUGAGGACAUCACCUGUCUGGCAGCAGACCGAAUGCUUGUGUUUGCAGCUCAUGGCAACUAUGUGAAAGCAUUUGCCAAAAACAAAGAUAUUGUAUAUAUAUAUGAAGGCCAUAAUGCAGCAGUCCAUCUUUUGUUGCCUUUUGGUGAUCAUGUGAUCUCAGUGGAUCGAGAUAACACGCUUAUUGUUUGGGAUGUGCAAUCAGAGGAAGAAUACCUUCAACUGAAUUUUGAUAAAAUCACAUUUACAGUUUCUGCCCUUCUGCAUCCAAGUACCUAUAUCAACAAAUUGUUACUUGGUAGCCAGCAAGGAAGUCUUCAGCUUUGGAAUAUCAAGUCCAACAAACUUUUGUAUACUUUUCAAGGUUGGGACUCAAGUGUGUCUGUUCUUCAGCAGGCCCCAGCAGUGGAUGUAGUUGCUGUUGGCCUAACAUCUGGCAUGAUAGUUAUUCAUAAUCUGAAAUAUGAUGAAAUGGUAAUGAAAUUUCAGCAAGAUUGGGGACCAGUCACAGCAAUAUCAUUUCGCACAGAUGGAUUUCCAGUGAUGGCAGUUGGCAGUCAUGUGGGUCACGUUGGCCUUUGGGAUUUGGAGGAGAAGAAGCUGAUUACCCAGAUGCGAGAAACUCACUCAACAGCUGUUGCCGGAUUAACAUUUGUUCAUGGAGAACCACUUCUCAUUACUACUGGUGAAGACAAUGCAAUUCGGGUCUGGAUUUUUGAUGCUCCAGGAGGUGGAGGUCGCCUUUUACGAUGUCGUAUGGGACAUGGUGCCCCUCCAACCAAAAUAAAAUAUCAUGGAUCUGACGGACAAAACAUUCUUAGUGCAGGACAAGAUGGAACUUUGCAGUCAUUUUCCACUAUUCAUGAAAGUUUUAAUAAGAGUUUGGGUCAUGGUUGCAAGAACAAAAAGAAAUCUAAAAAGAAAGGGCUGAAUUACAUUUUUAUGAAACUACCUCCUAUUACUAACUUUGCUUCAGAAACCGCACGCCAGAGUUAUUGGGAUGGAAUUGUUGCAUGUCAUCAAGGAUGUCAAUUCAGUACAACAUGGAAUUACCAGAAAGGUUCAAUGGGAGCACUCAAAUUAAAGCCUCGGAGAUGUAAGAAAGGGCACGACGAGAAUGUUUAUGCCACAGCUGUGGAGCUGACAUCUUGUGGAAAUUUUGCUCUUGUUGGCCUUUCUUCAGGCCAUGUGGACGUGUAUAAUAUGCAAUCGGGCAUCCACAGAGGACGGUAUGGUAAAAACGAGACUCAUCAUGGUCAAAUACGGGGAAUCGCUGUUGAUGGACUGAAUCAGCUCACUAUCACAGCUGGUGGAGAUAAACAAGUCAAGUUUUGGAAGUUUAAAUCGAAGGAGUUGGUUUAUGCAAUAAUACUAGAUUCAUCACCAGCCACCAUUUUGCUACAUAGAGACAGUGGCAUGUUGGCUGUUGCUAUGGAUGAUUUCAGGAUAACUGUUCUGGACAGUGAAACAAGAAAAAUUGUGAGAAGAUUCACUGGACAUCAGAAUCAAAUAAAUGAUAUGGCUUUUAGUCCAGAUGGUCGGUGGUUAAUUACAGCAUCAAUGGACUGCACGAUAAGGACCUGGGAUCUCCCAUCGGGCUGCUUAAUAGAUUGCUUUUUGCUUGAUUCGGCAGCUAUCAGUAUUACCAUGUCUCCCACUGGAGAUUUUCUUGCUACUGCUCAUGUUGAUAACUUAGGAAUAUACCUCUGGUCUAACAAAACGUUAUAUAAUAUUAUUGCCCUUCGUCCACUUCCUGCUGAUUAUCAACCUGCUGUUACAGUGCUUCCUGGAGCGUGUCAACAAGAUUUGAAGACGUCUGACAUUGAAACAGAAGUGCAAGAUCAGAUGAUAGAAUAUGAAUCAUCUGAACAGCUCGGAGAGCAGUUGGUGACACUCUCCUUGCUUCCAGAAUCACGUUGGAAAAAUCUUCUCAAUCUUGAUGUUAUUAAGAAAAGGAACAAACCCAAGGAACCACCUAAAGUGCCCAAAUCUGUUCCUUUCUUCAUUCCAACGAUUUCUGGCCUUGUGCCUCACUUUGCCGCUGCAGAACAACAAGGUGCUGAGGGUCAGUCCAAAGUGGUAAAUCUGGGAGUAUUGGCACAAAAAACAGAAUUGUACAUGCAGCUGGAAGGUGCUCUGGACACCAACAAUUAUGACCAUGUAAUUAAACUUUUGAAAGGAAUGGGACCAUCGAAUAUCGACAUUGAAAUGAGGAGCUUGGCUCCAGAAGGAGGAGGUUCUUUGAAUGUGAUGCAGAGCUUUCUUCAAAUGAUCAGCUACAUGCUUUGUACAAAGCGUGAUUUUGAAUUGGCUCAGGCCUACCUGGCACUGUACUUAAAGCUCCAUCUCAAGGUUAUUGCUGCUGAACCAGUUCUAUUAGAAGAAAUGUCUAAAGUCUCAGUGCUGUUGGAAGAAACUUGGAUGCAUAUGCAAACUCUAUUCAAUAAAAGCAUGUGUCUCCUGGGCUACAUGAAAAGUGCUCUGCUGUAGACUGAAAAUUAGCACUUCAAUGAUUCAGUGCCCAUUCUACUUCAUCACACCCACACAUGUUAUUUUGCCACUUUUUGUUACAUUAUAUACUGUGCGUUGCCAUGGAUAGAAAUUGCAUUUUAGAUACAAUUUCUCCAUUUAAGGUUUUUAAGUAUUUUGUUGACUAUGAUUUUGCAAACUUGUAGUAUUGAUGGCUUAUUUUAAUAUAGGCCUAUAAUAGGUUUAUAUAGAGGAGAAAAUUGUCCAAAACUUACCAAAGUAUGCAUUUUGCGGAUAAUCCAAUUAUUUGUCAUUACUAGUAAUAUGUAAAUAAAUUUUAUUAUGGAAUGACAUCUGUAUUUCAGCAAAUUUUAUGUUGAAUUAAAAAGAAUGUUUUAUAGAAUUAAC